GUUGGCACGCUCCCGGUGACCAGGACUGUGGCUCAGGGGUCUUGCAGAACGGCUGGGGCUGUGCCUUAGGAAGAUCCUGGGCCUAGGGACCAAGUCGCCAGAGCGCUGAGUUGGGGGCGGGACUUGGGGAGCGCGUUGGUGCGUCGGCGUGGUAGGGGUGCGUGGGGACUGGCCUGGAGAAGUUGGAAGGAGUACUUUGUGAUUAGAACCCGGGUGGCAGGGGGUCGGGGCGGCGUGAUGGCCUGGCAUCUCUUAGGAGGGGAGGGGGCGUUGUCCUGGCGCUCACCGGCCCUCACCGCCCCCUUCUUAGGCGGGAGCAUGCUGGGGCCGUCGGGGCAGCGGUUCCCCCCGGCGUGGGUCCUGCUGCUGCUGCUGUUUCUGCCGCCGCUGCUGCUGCUGCCCGCAGCCCCCGCGCCCCACCGCGUUCCCUACAAGCCGGUCAUCGUGGUGCAUGGGCUCUUCGACAGCUCGUACAGCUUCCGCCACCUGCUGGAAUACAUCAACGAGACACACCCCGGGACUGUGGUGACAGUGCUCGAUCUCUUCGAUGGGAGGGAGAGCUUGCGGCCCCUGUGGGAACAGGUGCAAGGGUUCCGAGAGGCUGUGGCCCCCAUCAUGGCAAAGGCCCCUCAAGGGGUGCAUCUCAUCUGCUACUCACAGGGGGGACUCGUGUGCCGGGCUCUGCUCUCUGUCAUGGAUGAUCACAAUGUGGACUCUUUCAUUUCCCUCUCCUCUCCACAGAUGGGACAGUAUGGAGACACGGACUAUUUGAAGUGGCUGUUCCCCACUUCCAUGCGGUCUAACCUCUACCGGAUCUGCUAUAGUCCUUGGGGCCAGGAAUUCUCCAUAUGCAACUACUGGCACGACCCCCACCACGAUGACUUGUACCUCAACGCUAGCAGCUUCCUGGCUCUGAUCAAUGGAGAACGAGACCAUCCCAAUGCUACUGCAUGGCGGAAGAACUUUCUUCGAGUGGGCCGCCUGGUGCUGAUCGGAGGCCCCGAUGAUGGCGUUAUCACUCCCUGGCAGUCUAGCUUCUUCGGUUUCUACGAUGCCAACGAGACAGUCCUGGAGAUGGAGGAGCAACUGGUUUAUCUGCGGGAUUCUUUUGGGUUGAAAACCCUCCUGGCCCGCGGGGCGAUCGUGAGGUGCCCGAUGGCUGGGAUCUACCACACGGCCUGGCACUCCAACCGCACCCUUUACGAGACCUGCAUUGAACCGUGGCUCUCCUGAGGAUGUCCUCGAGGAUCCCCAGGAACUCCCCAGUCCAGAGACCAAGUGGUGGCCUUGGAAGCGGAUGUCAGGCUCUGGUGUGCCUGUGACCACCUCGUUGUUCCCACACUGUCCCCCGCCAGCCAGGGCUCCCAGAACCCCUGCUGCGCCUCCGUGAAUGACAGAUCCUGGUCUCCCCGACCUCGUGGCCUUGUGGCCCUGAGGCUGAGGGGAAGCGAGGGGCGGGUUUCCAACGUGUGGCUACUCCUGCUGCUGCUGCUCUAUCUGGCUGGACAGGAGGAGAACCCAGCCCCUGCCCGCCACAGGGGUCUCCUUCCAGGCCUCUCAGGACAUUUUAGCUUCUCUUCUCUCCAUGUUCCUUUUGCCUCUGGACUCCCCUGUCGUCAGCUCCCCACCCCUUAAAGGGAGUCCCCAUGAGAAUGGGGUUCUGAGGCUCCCCUAUGGGGACGGUUCCGUUUUUGAAGUGUCAAUGUUGGGGAAUAUCUGUGGCCUGUGAGGCCCAUCUCAGGUUUGGGGAUCCCCCAGUCCCUGUGAUCAGUGUUGGGGUACCCCUGGGAGCCUAGUUUCUUGAGGCCCCAGCCCCUCUUUUAACUACCUUUGAAUGGGUGUUACCCCUGUAUUUAUGGAAAUAAAGUUUCAUUUCCUCAG